AUGGGCAAAACCGCCCCAACUCCAGGCAAGAGGCUUACGGCGCGCGAAAAGGCGCGCAUGCGCCUCGCCGACCCCUUACUCCCGCGCAAGCUGCACCGCGAAGACAACGUUGUGGAAGAUCGCUUCAUUAACUCGAAGAAGGACAAGCUCCUGAUCAAGCACAGCGCCUUCGUCAACAAGAUCAUCAAGAAUGCGGACAAGACCAACACUGGUAAGAGCGCGCACAAGAACAAGAAGCGCAGGCGGCCUAAUAAGAAGCUCGUCGCAACGUUGGAGUCGCUGGAGGAUGCGCUUGAUGAUAUCAAGGCUGAGAUGGACGCGCGAGAGGCUGCCGAUGGAGCUGACGGCGAGACGAUGGACGAGACGCAGCGCGCGCAGGGAAAAAUCCGGUUGAAGAGCUUGAGGCCGAAGCCUGGCGCGCUGAAGAAGAAGGAGAAGAUUGUCAGGGGAGAGAUGGAGAGGUUCAAGAAGAGUUUGGCGCAAUUGGCAAUCAUCUCGAAGGCAUCUUCGUCAUCUACGGGAGCUGCGAGCAGCAGCACGGUAAGCGGUACCGAAAAGAUCUCAGAGAGCGGAGCAGUGGAUACGGAGAUGGGAGAGGCAGCUCCAGCGCAGGAGCAGCAACAAACGGCGCCGUCUGCGACAUCAGGCGUGUCGAGUCGAUGGGCAGCUUUGCGAGGGUUCAUUGCUGCUACCAUGGAGCAAAACCCUGCUUUCAUAAACAAGACUUCUUAA